GCACAAACUGUGUGUGUUCUUCCAGCCUUCAAGGAGAUGAAAUCUCUUGGAGCUGAGAGCUACAAAACCUUUGAUGAUGGUGCAAAGGUCGAUUAUGCCUGUUACGCUCUCCCCGCCUUCACCGUUGACUUUGUCUGCAGAGAAAGAUGGGUUAGCUGCAAUAAGAGCAGGUCUAGAUAAAGUGAAAAUAUUUGGACACUGUGUAUCAGCUGGAAGAGCUAAAGUACUCCGUGAAGAAGCUAUUGCCACUGUCGAUAGGUUUUAUAUUGAAGAUAAGGAUUGGACUCACAGUUCUUCACUUGAUUCGGAUUCGCUGGAUGGUGGGAAUGAGGAUUCAUGUGUUAGGAAGCCAUUAGGCUAUGAAAAACUCGCCCAUGCAAACCGUGUGGCAGAAUUGCUUCUCCCUGGAACAAAGACCAACAAUGGAGAUGAUGAAUGUUGGAUAUAUUGUGGCAAUGGUGCAGGAUGCUUAGAAAAGGAUGAUAUUGAUAAUUCACAAACAAGACAGAACUCAAUGAGCAAAAUCUUGUCAUGGAGGAAGAGGAAGUUGAGCUUCAAAUCUCCUAAAUUUAAAGGAGAGCCUCUUCUGAAGAAACAUUAUGGUGAAGACGGUGGAGACGACAUCGACUUUUACCGUAGGCAGCUCAGCACAAAUGAGCUUUUCUCUUGGUGGUAUAGUUUGGAGUUAUCAGCAGCUGCAUUUGGGGACGAUAACUUCGCUGUAGGUACUUGGGAGCAGAAGGAGAUAACUAGCCGUGACGGAGGCUUGAAGAUCGAAACUGAAGUCUUCUUUGCCUCUAUUGAUCAAAGGAGCGAACGUGCUUCUGGGGAAAGCGCCUGCACGGCUCUAGUUGCUGUUAUUGCUGAUUGGUUGCUAUCCAACCAAGAAGAAAUGCCUGUCAAGUCUGAACUGGACAAUUUGAUCAGAGAAGGAUCAGCAGAAUGGAGGAACCUUUGUGAAAAUAAAGACUACAUGGAACAGUUCUCUGAUAAACACUUCGAUCUUGACACGGUAAUUGAUGCAAAAAUCCGACCUCUAUCUGUUGUUGCAGAGAAGUCAUAUGUUGGAUUCUUCCACCCAGAAGGGCUGGAGGAAGAGGGUGUUUUCGAGUUCCUCAAAGGCGCCAUGUCUUUUGACACCAUAUGGGAUGAAAUCAGCCUACUAGCAGCAGACCAUCAAACAAGUGUAGGCGAAUCGAUAGUAUACAUUGUGAGUUGGAAUGACCACUUCUUCAUCCUGAAGGUUGACAAGGAUGCUUACUACAUCAUAGAUACCUUGGGCGAGCGGCUGUACGAAGGGUGCAAUCAGGCAUACAUUCUGAAAUUCGACAAGGAGACAGUAAUUCAUAGGUUACCAAACAACACAAAGGCAUCAGAGGAGCAAACCUCCAAUAACACAAACGAGUCAAAGAGCACGGCGCCAUCAGAUGAGGAAACAUCCAUUGACACAACACAAUCAAAGAGCUCUGAGCCAGCAAAGGAGAAAAGCACCAUUAACACAAAUCAAUCAAAGAUCUCAGAGAUAUCACAGGUGGAACCAUCUAUCGAGGUGCCACAACUAAAGAACACAGAGAUUAUGGAGGAAACUCCCUCCAUUGAUGUCAUGCAACCAAGCGACCCUGAAGAAGCAUCAACACCAGAACCACCGAGUAGCCUGAAAGAAGCAUCAACUGAAAAGAAAGAUGAGUCAACAAAUAGUGAUAUAAAGCAAGAGGUUGUGUGCACAGGGAAGGAGUGCUGCCAGGAGUACAUCAAGAGCUUUCUUGCUGCACUUCCGAUCAGGGAAUUGCUGGAAGAUGUGAAGAAGAACGGUUUGAAUUCAUCAACACCUCUUCAUCAACGGCUGCAAAUAGAAUUCCACCGUGCCAAAGUGAUUCUAGAGGCAUCGGAUCAAAUUUUGGCAAGCAACGCUUGAGGUUAAUUACAUAAGCUGACUCAAAAGCUCUGUUUCAGUUCUUAUUAACUUUUGAAGAAUCUUGUUUUAGACUACAGUAGUAAGGAAUAAAGUAAAUAAUGAAGAGGCAUAAAUUAAAUGUUCAUAAUGCCCAUUUAUUCCUUGCUCAAUUAUUGCUUCACAGAACUUAUGAUAUAAUUUUCUUAUAAAAUAAUGUGUAUGUAGCUCACCAUUUGAUAUUGAGCUGAAAUGACAAAACUUGAAUCA